AUGUGGGCCCGAAGUGCUCAUCUCUCCCAAGUGGCCUUAGCCUGCAGGAAGAAGAGGGCAACAUGGCCGCAGGCCCUGCAGAUUUGGGCGCAGAUGGCUGAGAGCCCGGAUGCGGCGGCCUUGGGUGCCCUGAUCUCCACCUGUGCCGAAGGUUGGGCCUGGCCAGUGACCCUCGAGUUGCUCGAGGUGGCGCGGGGCCUCCCGCGAAGCUACCUGGAUGACCGCCCCUUAGCCGACACCGUCAUGUACAACGACACCAUGUCCGCCAGCAUGAAGUCGCAGCAGUGGCAGCUGGUGUUGACCCUUUUCUCACAGCAACGGAGCGCGCCGCCCUUGUCUGGCCGUGGUCCGAAUGUCGGAUCCUACGCCAUUGCACUCAAGGCUUGCGAGCAAGGCCGGGGCUGGUCCUUGGGCGUGCAACUCUUGGAGGACAUGCGUCUCGGCCGUGAAGCCCAACGUGGUGACCUACAAUACCUUCAUCAGCCUCUGUGGGCAGGUUCAGCGUUGGCCCGAGGCGCUGGGAACCUUUCAUCGGCUACUUGA